AUGACUGAACAACGACCCCCUUUCCCACCUUACACCAGAGAGUCUGCUCACGUCAAAGUCAAAGCGGCUCAAGAUGGAUGGAACACCCAGGACCCAGCAAAGGUCAAGAUGGCCUAUACGCCUGACUCAAUCUGGCGCAACCGAGAUACUUUUCUCAGAGGCCGUGACCAAAUUGAGAAAUUCUUAACCGAUAAAUGGAGUCGAGAGCAUGACUACAAAUUGCGCAAGGAGCUCUUUGCAUUUGACGACAAUAAGAUCGCCGUGCAAUUCUGGUAUGAGUUUCGCGAUGAUGAUAAUCAGUGGUGGCGAUGCUAUGGACUUGAGGAUUGGACCUUUGAUGAGAAUGGCUUGAUGAAGAAGAGGCAAAUGAGCGGAAACAAUGUCAAGAUUAGCGAGGAGGAUCGCUGGUUCAAGGAUGGCGUUGACGUAAACACUGUUGAGAUUGGACCAGAGCACUGGUAG